AUCAGAUACCACUUGAGAAAGACGGUGGCAUCCCCAAAAGGUAACCUUCAAUAAUCUAAAUUCAUUUAUUCAUUCAUUCUUUUUUGAAAUUUACAUAUAUAAAAGCCAUUCCUUUUUCCCCCACACUCCCAAAUCCAAUCCACAAUUUGCAGCAUCAGCAAAAAAGCAGAGGUUGAUAUUUAUUUACAAUCUACAGCAUGGAAGGUAUUGUUGUGAGAAGGGUCAUUCCCUCGGAUAACAGUUGCCUCUUUAAUGCAGUUGGAUAUGUGAUGGAUCGUGAUCAAACGAAAGCAGCUGAGCUGAGACAGGUUAUAGCUGCAACAGUAGCAAGUGAUCCGCAGAAAUAUUCUGAAGCAUUUCUUGGGAAGCCGAAUGCAGAGUACUGUAACUGGAUUCUUGACACAGAGAAAUGGGGAGGUGCGAUUGAACUUUCAAUAUUGGCGGAUUAUUAUGGACGCGAGAUUGCUGCAUAUGAUAUCCAAACAUCAAGAUGUGACUUGUAUGGUCAGGAAAAGGGUUAUUCGGAAAGGGUGAUGCUUAUUUAUGAUGGUCUCCACUAUGAUGCUUUAGCUGUGUCGCCCUUUGAGGGUGCUCCCGAGGACUUCGAUCAGACGAUAUUUGCCGUACAGAAAGACAGAAGCAUUGGACCUGUUGAGGGGCUUGCUCUUAAUUUUGUUAAGGACCAACAGAGGAAGAGGAGAUUCACCGACACCGCCAACUUCACCUUGCGCUGUGGUGUAUGUCAAAUCGGAGUUGUUGGUCAGAAGGAAGCUGUGGAGCAUGCACAAGCAACCGGUCAUGUUAACUUCCAAGAGUAUAGAUGAUGAUCUAAGAAGCAGAAACUCACGUGAAUUUUGUAUCAAGAACAAUGUUUAAUUGGUGCAAACUUCUUCUUUUUCAUUUUUAUUAUGAAGUGAUUAAAGUAAAAACUAAAUUGUUUAUGCCUUGAAAAUAUUGUAGCAAGUUGUGUUGUAACUUGUACAAUAAUUAUUUAUAGCGACAGUUUCAAUCCAUUGUUA